UUAAUUUCUCAUAAUGGCUCAUUUUUUUGCAAUUUGCUUAAUCCUAGCCAUGGCUAGUGAAAUGGUUCAUGGCAUGGUGGAGCAUAAUGUGGCAUCUUUCACAAGCACACCGGCAAUUAGGCCAUCACACGAGAGAAAACUGAGCAUAGCAGAAGCACCAGCAAUUCGAAAGCUUGGGAGGCACCAGCCAGCCUUGGCUGCACCGUGUUUGAGCCCAUCCGAGGGGCCUCAAACUGAGGAGAAGAUGCAUUCUAGGGAGGAUUUCAGUUCUUUGGAUCAAGAAAAUGGAGCUGUUCCGGGGCAGGAGAUGCAUAUACUUGAGAAGCAUCAUCAUUCAGUGGACAAGUCAAUUGCAGGGGGUGGGGUGAUCCUUGGGGGCCUUGCAACCACGUUUCUGGUGGCGGUUUUCUGUUAUAUUCGAGCUACUGGAAGGAAAAAUUCAGAGACUAGUGGCUGAAUUACUGGUUAAUUUUGUUGUAAGCUAGGCUUUUGGUAGAUGCUGUACAGAAAUGAUUACAGAAUAUG